AGUGUUUUACCGAUUUGGGGGUUUUUGGUUGUGGAGCUGCAGCGAUGAACGCAUCAGCUGAUUCGCACGAGGAUAACGGCGUCUGCGGAAGCGACUCGGACUCCAAUGCCGACGAUUCAAGCGACUACUACCAGCCUAUUUCCUCCGUCGAUAACGGCGCCGAAGACUCAGACGACACCGCCGGCGAAGGAGAUCUAUCCGAUCGAGAUCCGAAUUCUACUUUCCAUCAACUACCAAAUGGCUGGCUGGAAAACGGAGUAUCGUCGCUUGACAUAAGCGAUGACGAUGACGAUGCAGAGAAGGAAGUCGAGGAGGCGACCGAAUCUGAGAGGGCGAUUGAGCGAGCUUUCAGAGAGGACGAGGCGCGUCGGAACGCUCCUCUCACGGCGGAGAACACCGGCAGGGUGAUGGAUGCGAUGCGUCAGAUCUCCUUCGGCGGCGGCGCUCCGGACUGGGCAGGCCAGAUCCCCGAGGAUCAGUGGAUUGACCGGCUCCGGAGGUUGCGGCCGCCGUCCUCCGCCGCCUCUGCACCGAUUGAUCACUGAUUUUACCGAUCGUGUAUAUUGUUUGCUAAAAAUUGAAGCCCCUAAUUGAUCAAUUUUCAUUUAUUGCUUUUUGAUGAAAUUGAAUGCCUUUGUUAGACUAUUCUAAUGUAGAAUUCAUGAUCGGCUGAAAGUGUUUGCAAUUGCAGGAAUUCUGAUUUGAAUCCAUCAUUUUCACCACUUGUGUGAUUGUGUUU